GGGCGGGAAGGUUCGUUUGAGGAGGGCAGGCUUUCCAACGUUACUAGCGCUCCCCCACUACCCUCAUUUCAGCAUCUGAAGCAAAUACUUCAAAAUUCACCCAUUGGACAUGAAAGAAUUCACUGGAAAAUAAGUGGAAAGACAGAGGGGGAAAUCAGCUGCCAGAGCUCAGAAAGUGUCUGAAGUCCGUCGGAAGAAAAAAAAGGAUUUAUCUCUGCCCAGACAUAUGACGAGAACGUUGCUGUAGGCCUCCCUAACCAGAGGGACAUCCAGUGUAUGGCGUUCAGAAAUCAGAGUGAUAUGGCUGGCGUUCUUCGCAAGCUCGGAACAUGCAUCCCCUGCGUGUGGAUCUUCCUCAUGCUUUUCGACCCCAGCUUGCAAACCGGGGCUGUAACAGGUCACAGAGAACCCAUUCCCGAUGACAGCAAAGACAACAUCACCAUCUUUACCCGAAUCUUGGAUCGCUUGCUGGACGGUUACGACAACAGAUUGCGUCCCGGACUAGGAGAAAGUGUGACUGAGGUGAGGACAAACAUCUACGUGACAAGCUUCGGGCCAGUAUCGGACACCGAUAUGGAAUACACAAUUGAUGUGUUCUUCCGGCAAAGUUGGCGGGAUGAGAGACUGAAGUUUGAUGGGCCUAUGCAGGUUCUUCCGCUUAACAACUUGCUCGCCAGCAAGAUCUGGACUCCGGAUACUUUCUUCCACAAUGGCAAGAAGUCAGUUGCCCACAACAUGACUACACCAAAUAAACUCCUGCGGCUGGUAGACAACGGAACGCUUCUCUACACAAUGAGAUUAACCAUCCAUGCUGAGUGUCCUAUGCAUCUGGAGGAUUUUCCUAUGGAUGCCCAUGCCUGCCCGCUCAAGUUCGGAAGCUAUGCCUACACCAACAACGAGGUUGUCUACAUCUGGACAGCAGAUGAUGAGAAAUCUGUGUCUGUGGCUCCUGAUGGAUCUAGACUCAACCAGUAUGACCUGUUGGGCCACGUCAUCGGCAAAGAGACCAUCAGCUCCAGCACCGGAGAAUAUGUGGUGAUGACGACGUAUUUCCAUUUGAAAAGGAAAAUUGGCUAUUUCGUGAUCCAGACGUAUCUCCCCUGCAUAAUGACCGUCAUUCUGUCCCAGGUCUCCUUCUGGUUGAACCGGGAGUCCGUUCCAGCACGCACCGUCUUCGGUGUCACAACUGUCCUGACCAUGACGACACUGAGCAUUAGUGCCCGGAACUCACUUCCCAAGGUGGCCUACGCAACAGCUAUGGACUGGUUUAUGGCAGUGUGCUACGCUUUCGUCUUCUCUGCUCUCAUUGAGUUUGCUACUGUCAACUACUUCACAAAGCGCAGCUGGGCCUGGGAUGGUCAGAAGGAGGCCCAGGAGAUGCGGAGGCGAGAGUCGGCUUCCUUCUCCAAGAAGACCAACAACACUUUCAACAUUGUGGGAACCACCUACAGCAUGAGCGUCGCCAAAGAUCCCGGACUGACAACCGUCUCCAAGAGCGCUACAUCCACCUCCACCCCAUCCCAGCCGGUCCGAGAGAUCCGGCUGCCCAAGAUGGAUGGUGAAUACGUGCCGGAGGGCGGAAGAAAGUCAUACAAUCGCGUCAGCAAAGUGGACAAGAUCUCGCGCAUCAUCUUUCCAGUGCUCUUCUUCAUCUUCAACCUGGCUUACUGGGCCACGUACGUCAACAGAAAGCCGACCAUCGACCGGUCCAGCCCGCAGAAAUGAACAUGGAUACCGAAAACAAAAAAAUAAACUGCCAGUCCAGUCUUAAUCAGCAACAUGAUGCUACUGCUACUGUGUUCAUUUUCAUUUUUUUAAGCAACCAUGUAGAUACACAACUCUAGUUAGUAGUUUGUUUGUGCCAUUUCAUGUGUUGCAUGAGUAAAGUAUGACAGCAUUGCUGGUCUCGUACGGAUGGCCAUUAUUUACUCACUGAACCCCUCCCCGCUCCACGCACUGCGUAACAUCAGAAGAAAAACAUCAGUCACCGUUGGCUUUCGGGCGCCAUUGGCGAGAACCUGUAGCCUUUCAGCAGCCAGUAGCGAUGUCCAUAGGCGCAUCAUUACUAACUGUCUGUUCUCUUGGCAAACCCAGUGUAUUAAAUCAGUAGUGUCAUCUAGAUAUGUGUUUACAUCCCCAGUGCAUUUUUUCUUCCAGUGACUCUUAUUGUUUAAGCAGCCUGAGCAGGCUCCAAGAUAAAGAAACUGUGUGCCUUUUUAAUCACUCGCCGUAGAGAUGAAUAGUUUGGCACAUGCUGACAUUGUCUUCAAGCUUACGCCUGCCUAAAGAAAACGUCAGUGUUGAUUGAACUCUCACAGGACGGUAUUAAACUCAGAGCAGUCCUGCAUGCGAGUUGAUUUAGUGCUGACGGCCGACUGUAAGGCACUGGGCCACACAACCAUUCUUUGUUUGCGGCCAGCAUGAUCCUCAUCUGAGGAUCUGAAAUGCUAUGAAGCUGUGAAGAAUAUACAAACGGGAUUUUAGAUUUGGGCCAGUGCCACACAGGAGGAACGUGCAUUUCCAUUACCUCACGCUGAAGUGUUGGUGGUUUUGGUAGAUCAUUACUCUGGUGGUUUUUGUUGUUUGUGAAUGCACUAUUUUUAUUAAUAUCGAUAUUUUGGCAAUUGCAAGCCAAUUUCAUAGCGUCCACUAUAUUUCAUGCAAAAGGUAGUAGUAGUUUUUACGCCAUGUUAAUUUAAGCAUAUAUUUAAGAUAAUAUGAGAACAUGCACUUAACAUGGAUGUGCGCAUAUUUAUGUGCUGUUAUCACUGUCGUUCCCUUAUGAUUUUAUUGCUUCCUCAUAGUGCGUUCAAUUUUAUUUGUCUCGUUUUGGAAAAACAAUCUUUUUGCAUUCACUUAGAAAGUGCCAGGUUUACAUGUGAAUUUAAAUAUAGAGACAUUUUUGUAGAUAAACUAAAAAGUUGCGUAAAGUAUGUACUUAUGUGACAGCAAGCUAUAUUAAGCAAAAAAACAUUACCUUUGCCAUUUCAUUCAAUUCACUUCAUGAACAGAAGACAAUAGCAUUUUUUUAACAAUCACUAGGACCUAAUUCUCAAUACUUGGGUAACUUUUUCUAUACUCCAAAAUGCAGUGCCAAGUACCGAAACGUGCGUCUCAAUCCAUAACUCUUGCAAAGGUUGUCAUGCAACCAACAUGCUUUGUUAUUCGAUACAAACGAAAAAAAAAUAGGUAGCACUCACACACAAUUUCUUUACAGAACUAAAAUAAUAGCUCUCUACUAUGUAGGAUUUACUGCACUAUGUGUUACAAUGUCCAUGUUUACAGUUUUCAUUGUUCUGUUUUGUGCCAAAGCAAUGAAAAAAAACCCCACAAACUGCUUUUGUGUUCAGAAAAGUGACCUAGGUGGAAAAUUUGGUCCUAGCGAUUGUACAUAUCUAUAUUUUUAAAAACGUAACUGUUGAUUAGUAUCUUCAGACACAAGACAUUCAGUUUAACUUAAUCGGUGGAUAUAUUAGUGAAUAAAUAGAAUUCAUGUUUAUUUGAAUAUUCUAAAUAAGAAUAAGAUUGUUUUUCUCGUACAUUAGGAUCUCAUACAUUAAGAAUAAAUGAAUGCAUGACAAUCUAUUCAUUAGUUACAUCGCCACAUAUGCUGUUGUGUUAUCUUUCUGAAGGAGGAUUUAUGUUUUUGUAUCUCAUGGCCCUUCAAAUAGCCAUAUACAGUAUCUGGAGUGCAUAUCCGUAGGCUCCUAACAUCUCAUCUGAGCUAUAGUAGGGCUAGAUCAACUGACGUUGGUAUUGAUUGUUGACACAAAUAGAACAAAUCAUAAAUAAAACCACAUGUAAGAAGUAUAUUUAUAUAGGAAUUUAAAUCUAUUUAUGCUAUUUACAUAUCCAAUAGCAUACACAAUAUAUGUUUUUUACAGUACACCGUAUAACCCACAGUAUAAAAACAACAUUGGGUAUAGCUAACCUAAUGGCACACGCACAUCUCUAAGACGUCUUAACAAGUUCUUCAUUUGGAAACCAUCUAACAUCUGCUAAACAUCUUUUACAAAUAUUCAAAUCAGUUGUAUAUAAGAUGCAUACAGUUGCUUUGAGGGACAAGUGUAAAUGUCUAGAGAUGUAUCGCAGAUGAACAAACUAAAAAAAAAUAGAUCUUCCAGGUGAAAAUGUGCACAUUAAAUAAACGUCUCCAUGAUGUAUUCCAUGUGUGCUACCAGGGUAGUGGCAUGAUAGUUUAUUCAAAUGUAAGAACAAGUAAAGUUGUCAUUUUUUUUAGAUGUUGUCAGCCCACUUGGAAUAUGAUACUUGGGAAACGUAGUCGUGUUAAUUACAUAAUCAUUACUACUGUAAACUUUGUCAGCAUACAGUCUAAAAUGUGCAAGAUCUGGCUUUUGACAUGCAAAUGAAGAAUAAAACCAGUGAUAUUUUAAUGCUGGGUGCCAGUAAAAUGUACUGUAGUACAUCAUGCUAAUUGGCUAACUUUCCAAACGUUGCUGAUUUACUGCGUAAACUAUUGCUUUAAAGCUUGAUUAGGUCCCCCGGUGUGUUUUUCAGGUCUAAAAUUUCUGGAUUGCAUUGAACGGUUAGCAUCUUGGCUACUAACACUAGCCUUAUGCUAGCUUUGCUAGACGUACCACCUUGUGUGCAGUUUUCUAAAUGUUUAAUGUACAGUCUGCCAGGCUCUCUGUAUAUACUGUAUUAAAAGGGAAAAAAAAUGAAUCCAGCAAUUUUCUGCAUGUCCCAAAGCAUCUGACUCAACCUUGCGGUUUAGCGGAGCUGGUAGAUGUAAUCUUUUUUGAGUUCCUGGUUUCUUUACACAAUUGUCUGGGUUUGAUAUGCGACUUGUUCUUUACAAAAUGCCUUAUUCUUGUUAUGGUAUGAGAAACUGCAGUAGGAAAGCUCAAGGACAUCUUAGGUACACAAUUCAGGCUUCUGUUAUUGUAAUAGUAUAAGAUGAACAUUAUGUAAGACGUUUUUUAGGGAUUUCUUUGGACGACAUCAACCUUGUUCCUCUUGGUGGUUCGUCGCGUCAUGCUUGUUGUACUCGUUCUGCACAUGCUAGAUAUUUUAUGUCGUAUUACACUGUGAUUCAAUACCAAAAGGUUGACAGAACAAGGACAUAGGCGGCAUACAGUAGGCCGUGUCAUAGGGAAUGACUGAAAUCCCACUAAAUCUUGUUAGAGCGACACUUUCUGACUUGUAAUUUUAGUCACCUUCAAUGCAGAAAACUGCUUUCUCUGACACACCGAUUCGAUGUCCUCUGUAUCAGUGCAUUUUUGAGAUAAACAGUCUUCUGCUGUCUCAAGAUGUGCAUCAUGGAUAAAUGUUUGCAAUAAAACCAUACAGUAACUCUCAGUGCAGAAAGGAAAGUCAAAAUUUGUCUAAAGUAAAGAGCUGUGCUGGAGAACAAGUGAAUUGAUGAAGCUGCCUGCCUCAAAACAAAAUGCUAUGUUUACGACUAUGUGACUGCCUCGGCCAUGCAACUUGAUUCUAGCCAAAUUAUAAGUUGUGCCAAAUGACCUUUAAAGAAAGGUGUAGGGGGUAAUGAUUUGCCCGUGGGUAAUGAAUAAUGGUGGAUGUAUUUAUAUACAUAUAUUAACAUACAUAUGUACAUAUGUGUGUCGUUUACUUCGAUAUUGAGUUUGUUGCACAAAAAUAUCAAGGGAGCAAUCGUGAUGGGUUCAUUUAAGAAACAACGUCAUGCAUUUUUUCUUUCUUUCUUUUCUUUUGGCUGUAAAGAAAGCUUGUUGUUCGGCCACAUCUUAAUGAAACGGUUCAAAACUAUACACAGAUAUGUGAACAUAAACACUUUGUAGUCGUGCAAGUGUGAUGCAUGUCAUUGCAGUGCAAUCCAUAAUACAAUGCUAGUAUCUGUCGUAUUCUCAACAUUGCCACAAGAGGCACUAGAUUGUGGGCGUUAAUGUAAACUUUUUGCAAAGUUUUUUUAAAUAGCUAACUGAAUAAUAUCCUGUUCAGUUUAAGGCAUUAAACCAAGGAGUGUUAGGUUUGUUUUCAUCAAAUGUAACACAAGAAUACAUUUACAACAGGACACCUGUAACACACUAGUUGAGCAUUUGCAUCUGCGUUUACAGACUUAUGUAAAAUAUGAUUCUAAGAUUUUUUUGUGCACUUUGCUGCCGUUAUGACCCUCCUGCUCAUGUAUUCGGUCAGCCUAGCCAAAACAUUCUGCAGGUUAUUCUGUUGGUUGGUUCUGGGUUUGAGACCAAACAAUAUGGAUUGCAUAUAUACUGCAAAGAAAGAAUUACGUUUUACUUUAUCAAGGUCCUAAUGAAUUUGACUCUGUAACAUGCAUGUUGCAAUAGAUUUCAAGUGGUACUGUUGUCAAACACAAAUGAAGCCCAGUGAAAACUGGGUAAUUGCAUAUAAUUGUAAGGUUAUGUACAUGGCUUAAGAUUUAUGUAAGGUAUCUAAAAUGUAUGGACUUUAAUAUGCAGUGUCUUAAUGUAUGGCCAACUAGUAUCGAAUAAUUGAAGCUAAUUUUGUUAAAUCUAAAAGGUUUGUUUGGUUAUUUGACCCACGGCCCUCCCUGCCACUGUGUAGCUCUAAGACUGUCGGAAAUGUUAUUUCUGUUCAAUCUUGACUUUGAGGUGUUUUGCUCUUAUUUUUGUUGUGAAGGUUUGUUUGUGGAGCUAAUAACAGUAUUCUAGUGUUGUUUUCUAUCUUUAUGUGUCCUGGUUUGCUGUUCUUUACGUUGAAUAAAUAUUCAGUCCUUUCA